AAAUGUAAAUAGGAUUUUGGAGUACUUGGUUGAGGAUUUCCAUUCCUAGGCUGGAAUAUCGGCUACAACCCCCUUGCAGGAGGAGACGGACACGAGCAUCCUGGAUGAUAAUCACCUUUUUUUUUUUCUUCUCUCUCCUCAUUCCCGCCUCCCGCGCCUUCAUCGCCCUCAUCUUCCUCCGCCAAGAGGACGGCGUGUGUUGUCCUUCCAUCCUCCAGCCCGCCUCACCUGCUCCACAUGGCGGAUAUAGUGCACCUGUCCGCCGCGCUGCUGCUGACCCUGCUGGCGCAGCUGGGCUCCAGCCUGCAGGCCGACGUCAGGAGCGUCAAGGAGGCGGAGAAGACGGACAAUUUCCUGGAGGACGAGCAGUGGCUGUCCACCAUUUCCCAGUACAGCCGCAAGAUCAAGCACUGGAACCGCUUCAGAGACGAUGACUAUGUGCGAAACUGGGAUGAGAAUCAAGGCUCCCGUGACAACGUGGACACCACCAAGGACCCCUGUCAGAAGGUGAAGUGCAGCAGGCACAAGGUGUGCAUGGCCCAGGGCUACCAGAGAGCUGUGUGCAUCAACCGCAAGAAGCUUGAGCACAGACUCAAGCAGCCCGUUCUCGGCUCGUCUCACGGCGACUGUCAGCCAUGUCCCGUCUCCUCCAGCGGGCCUGUGUGCGGCUCUGAUGGACACAACUAUGCCUCCAAGUGCAAGCUGGAGCAGCAGGCGUGUCUUACGGGGAAGGAGCUGACCCUGAAGUGUUCAGGUCUGUGUCCGUGUUCCACCACAGCUGCUCCCACCACCAAAGGCAGCAAGCGUGAGACUUGCACUGGACAGGAUCUCGCUGAUCUGGGCCAGCGUCUUCGGGACUGGUUUCAACUCCUCCAGAACAACGCCAAGCAGAACAACAACAGCAGCAAGACUGGAACCAAAAACACGGCAUCAGUGCUGGACAGGAGCCUGGUGGCCAGCUGCAGGGACUCCAUCGGUUGGAUGUUCUCCAAGCUGGACACCAACAACGAUCUGUACCUGGACCGGGCCGAGCUGGCCGCCAUCAACCUGGACAAGUACGAGAUCUGCAUCCGCCCCUUCUUCAACUCCUGCGACUCCUACAAGGACGGCAAGGUGUCCACGGCCGAGUGGUGCCUGUGCUUCUGGAGAGAGAAGCCUCCCUGCCUGACCGAGCUGGAGAGGAUCCAAGUGUUAGACGGCGCUAAAAGAAAGUCUGGUCGCUUCAUCCCCAACUGCGACGAGGACGGCUUCUACAGGAAGCUGCAGUGUGACAGAGGGGAGUGUUGGUGCGUGGAUCAAUAUGGAGGAGAAGUCGCAGGCUCCAGGGUCGGCGGCAAACCGGAUUGCGACGACGACGCCGCGUACUCCGGCGACUUCGGCAGCGCGGUGGGAUGGGAAGACGAAGAGGAAAAAGGCGGCGAGGAGACGGCGGAGGAGGAAGAGGCGGGAGAGGCGGAUGACGAGGGUUACAUCUGGUAAAGAGACGCGCCCCCUUUCCAACAGCAUCUCCAUGUUCUUAGCACGCACAAACAAAACAAGGUCCUGCGAGGAAACUCUGAAGAAGACGAGGUGUCCAGGGAGAACUGGAGGAAGACAAAAAGGUAGCAGGGAUGUCGUCAAAGGGAACAUAUCACUAGUUAUCAUCUUCUCCUUCAUUCAUUGGUGAAUCUUUCUUCUAUUCUCUCCUACGUCCUUUGACCUCUUUCAGCAGCAGCAGUAGUUAAACACGGCCUAUUCUUAUCUCCCCGUUAUUUACUUACAUUAGUUUUUAGGACGUCGAAAGCUCCCCUUUUUUGACUCCACCGUCCUCAUCUCAUGCGCUUCAGCUCAUACGUGACAGUCGUGCCGUCUCAUUUCUGACUCAGCAGAAGAAAACUAAAGUUUCCCCACGCGUCAUUCCCUCUAUGAUGUAAAUACAAAUAAUCCUAAUGUGUGUAGCGGAACACGCCCGUUGUCAACGCCUCCACGGGGCGAGCCGGACCCUCCUGCUUAGGUGGCAAGUGUACGUCGUAUCAUAAUGUGGAUCACUUGUUGUGUUUAAUAAAAAGGAAGUGGGAAAAAAACA